GUUUUAUUGGAAUGUUGAAUUUUGGUCUCAAAUUCAAAGAGGUUUAGGCCAUUUUCACCAUUAAUUCACACAGCUCAAAGAUUUCUAAGUCCCAACCAACACAUCAACCAGCUCAUUAAUGUUAAUUUUUUGUUGUUGCAAGAAUCAAUUUUUAUCCUUCUUGAUUUCUGCAGGCUCUAUUUGAUCCCCACCAACCAGCCUUUAAUCCCUUUUGCAAAAGUGAUUGCUGAAAGAUUGUACUGUUGUUUCCCCUUUCCUUGAUCAGUUUCUUUUCACAGCUUCAUAUUUUUUUUCACUUCAUGAUUUUUUCCAGCUGAAAUUUGGCUUUUUCCUCAAACCUAACAGUCCUAUGUUUUUUUGUGCUUCACUGUCUUCUCAUAACUUGAGUAGUACUAUAUGUGGGACUGAGCCUUUGUGGCUUUAAUGCAACUAUAUUAUGCUCUUGAUUGAAAUGGGAAGUGAAUGAUUGGUGAUUCUUGAGUUGGGAAGUCUUUUCUGCUGGGAGAUAUGGAGCUGUUGUUGAGCUUUGUGAUUCUCUGUGCUUUCUUGUUUCAAGAAUCUGCUGCAGGCCUUGGUCUUCUUCCCAUCAAAGUUGAGCCUCUUGAUCUAAGUCUCUACGGAGGCAGAAGCCGGCUUCUGUUUCAACUCAACGUUCCUCAUCCCAAGACCUUCCGUUUUAGGAACGCAGCCAUGCCUCCGUUGCCCGUUUCAGCUCAUCACAAGCACCAUUUAAGGAAAAAAACCCACCACAUUUCUCUUGCACCCCACCAAGGGCCGGCCCUUUCGCCUACUGUUUCUCCAACGAGCUCCCCUUCUGCGAGCAACAGGAAAUCUCUCCCACCUUUACCAAGUAUGGGACUCCCACCACCUCCUCCUAAUAAAGGAUGUGUGUCUGUCGCGUGCACUGAGCCGCUGACCUUCACACCACCUGGAACAACAUGUGCUUGUGUUUGGCCUAUUCAAGUUAAACUACAGUUCAGUAUCUCUCUGUAUGCGUUUUUCCCUAUGGUAUCCGAGCUCGGCCAGCAAAUCGCUGAGGCUGUCCCGUUGAAUCAAACUCAAGUCCGUAUCGUGGGAGCAGAUGCAGCAGAUCCAGAGCUGGAGAAAACCACUGUGCUCAUCAAUUUGGUACCUCUAACUGAGGCAUUCACAUCGGCUGCAGCCUUUUCGAUUUACAAAAAGUUCUGGAGCAAAGAGCUCUCCAUCAACACUUCCACUUUUGGUGUUUAUGAUGUGCUAUAUGUUCACUAUCCAGGCCUACCGCCGUCUCCACCAGCAUGGCCCUCUGGCUCUGCUACAAUCGACGUGCAGCCUUAUCCCCGCGGUACGAGUGGCAAUGACCCAGUAAAGCCAUUCGGAGCAGAUGUGCCGAGAGGGAGGAGAAACGAGUCUAGCAGAAACAUGAUCAUCAUAAUUGUUCUGUCAUCAGUCACAGCCUUUGUAGUGUGUAUGGGAUUUAUGCUGCUGGUUUUGUCGAAAUGGCGCGACAGUGCUCGGCAAGGGCUAAUGCCACAGGAAGGAAAGGAAUCAGGUGGUGGUAGGUUGCUGAAGGUAACGAGCCGACCGAGCUCAGCCUCCGUGUCGUUCAGCUCCAGCCUUAUGGUGUUCACAGGGACCGCGAAAGUGUUCAGCAUCGAGGAUAUGGAGAGGGCCACGGAUAACUUUGACAGUUCAAGAAUCGUGGGUGAAGGCGGGUUUGGGCUCGUGUAUGGCGGGACUCUUGACGAUGGGAGGAAAGUGGCGGUGAAGGUUCUCAAGAGGGACGAUCAGCAAGGCGGCCGUGAGUUUCUUGCGGAAGUCGAGAUGCUUGGCAGACUCCACCACAGAAACCUUGUCAAGCUGAUAGGGAUAUGCCCUGAUGAACACUCUAGAUGCCUCGUCUACGAGCUCGUCCCCAAUGGCAGCGUCGAGUCUCAUUUACAUGGGGUUGAUAAGGAGAUUGCUCCUCUUGAUUGGUCAGCAAGGAUGAAAAUCGCGCUCGGUUCAGCCAGGGGUCUGGCCUACUUGCACGAGGACUCGAGCCCGCGUGUCAUACACCGGGACUUCAAGUCUAGCAACAUCUUGCUUGAGCACGACUACACGCCUAAAGUCUCCGAUUUUGGGCUGGCUAGAGCCGCCAUGGAUGAAGCACACAAGCACGUUUCGACUCAUGUCAUGGGAACUUUCGGUUACUUAGCUCCCGAAUACGCGAUGACGGGCCAUCUCCUUGUCAAGAGCGACGUCUACAGCUAUGGCGUGGUCCUCCUCGAGCUGCUCACAGGGAGAAAGCCAGUCGACCUAUCCCAGCCUCCAGGGCAGGAGAAUCUAGUGGCCUGGGCCCGGCCUCUCCUCGCAACGAGGGAAGGUCUCGAGACAAUCAUCGAUCCAACUCUCAAAUCAGCUGUGCCGUUGGAGAAUGUGGCCCAAGUUGCAGCCAUAGCAUCAAUGUGCGUCCAGCCCGAGGUCUCCCACCGCCCCUUCAUGGGGGAGGUCGUCCAGGCGCUGAAGCUCGUGUGCAACGAGCUCGACGAGACAAGAGAGCCUGCGUCCAGAAGCGUCAGCCGGGAUGACUUCUCCAUUGAGGUGGAUGAGCAGAGUGUUGGGGCGGAGAUAACGCUGUCGGGCGUGGAUCUGUCGAGCUCGUCAGCAGCGCUUAGAGUCCGUGAAUCGGAGUCGUUUAGGAGGCAGUUUAACUCUGCCCCUUUGAAGGUGGAGAGGAAGAGGAAGUUUUGGCAGAGGCUGAGGGGACUCUCUGGAGGCAGCAUGAGUGAGCAUGAGUAUUCAUUGCAACCUUAGAUUUGGUGCAGAAUUGGAUAUCAAAGUCUUUGAUUUAGCUUGGCCCUUUUUUUUAUUUCGGCCAUGUGAAUUUUAUCUCUGGAUAGAAGAGUUUAGAAGUGCUAUUUGCUCUUCUUGUUGUUUAGAUUGGAAAUUUGGGAGGCUGUUUGAUUUUUGUUUUUUUAAAUGUAUUCGUUUAUUGUAAAGUUUUAAUAAUAAUUGUGAUGAUAAUUAUUUUCUUGAUG